GGCAAGGUCUCUUUCCUACUGGCUACCGAUCUGGCAGCACGUGGUUUGGAUAUUAAAGGGGUGGAAACGGUCAUUAAUUACGAAGCUCCUCAAAGCCAUGAAAUUUACCUGCAUCGAGUCGGUCGUACUGCUCGUGCCGGUCGCUCUGGUCGAGCCUGCACAAUCGCUGCCGAGCCAGAUCGCAAGGUGGUUAAGGCAGCUGUCAAGGCUAGCAAGGCACAGGGAGCCAAGGUCGCAAGCCGAGUUGUCGACCCAGCUGUCGCCGACGGAUGGGCUAAGAAGGCCAAGGAUCUUGAGGAAGAAAUUGACGCAGUGCUCGAAGAGGAGAAGAUAGAAAAGCAGCUGGCGCAAGCGGAAAUGCAGGUGACCAAGAGUGAGAAUAUGAUUAAGCACGAAGCCGAGAUUAUGUCGCGACCAAAGCGUACAUGGUUUGCAAGUGAGCGCGAAAAGAUUCUCUCUAAGAAAGCCGGAGCCGCAGAGCUUAAUGGAUUGGAUUCUGUGAAGUCGAAGAAGGACAAGCAGAAGCUGAGCAAUAAGGACAAGAAGCGUCUUGAUGACGCCCGCCAGCGUAAUGAAGGAAAUAUUGGAUGGAAGAAGGGCAAAGUGGACCGAGAAUCUCAGAAGCAAGGGAAGAUUCAGAAGGGCAAGAAAGAUAAUAAAAAGAAGGGCAAGAAAUGA